AGCAAGAGAGGGAGGGGUACAUGUUCACAGAUACUUCUUUAUCCUCAGUCUCACUUUGCUUGUCGGAAUACACACACAAGAUUGGAUUAUCAUCUGAAUACGCCACCAAAACAGACCGUUUGAGGAACUUUUCCUCCUAAUAAGAUGAAAACUCAAGUUAUUUUCCUGAUAUUAGGCCUGUACUUGUGUGCCUGGGCACAUGGAGAAGGUGGAUGCAGUGAAGGUGAAGUCUUAGAGAAUGAUCAUUGUGUAGAAGCUCAAGACAGCUCAAGACGAGGAGAUUCUCCACAGAAAAGAUGCGAUGAUGGCUUUGUCUUGACUGGUGAAGAGUGUACAGAUAAAGAUGAGUGUGGUGACUUUGUGACCCCAACGUGUGGACAGUCGUAUCUUAUCUGCAUAAACACACCUGGCAGCUACCGCUGCAUAUGUUCAGAAGGGUUCAGGAACCAUGGCGAGGUCGACACAGGCGCUUGUGAAGAUGUGAAUGAAUGUAAGGAGAAAUCUCUUGAUUGUGGGCAACACGGCACCUGCACAAACACACCUGGCAGCUACAAGUGCACCUGUCUUGAAGGGUUCAGGAACAAGAACAACGACACCAGAGCCUCUUGUGAAGACAUAGACGAGUGUAAAACUGACCCAGGCAUCUGUGGCUCUAAAUCUGAGGGCAACUGCACAAACACACCUGGAAGCUACACCUGUGUGUGUCGUCCUGGUCACAGUAACUAUGGCAACACCAAGGGCAAGUGCACAGAGCUCUCCUGUGACGGAUUCCAUGGCAGCGGCUCAGGUGGACAGGCUGUGGGAGGUCUGGGGCGUCUCUGGGAGAAGAUGAGGAAGAACUGUGAGGGUCUGAUCAGCGGGGGAGGAGAGGCCACAGGGCAAGGACUGCUCCAGGACGUGCUCACUGGAACAGACGAGUUCUUGUCCUCUGGCCAGAGUGUGGGCGACAGCACCCAAGUGACCGGCCUGCUCACCAUGAUGGAGAAGGCCAUGAUGCUCAUCGGUCCCCAGAUGAACAGCACCACCAGGAGCUCACCACACACAGAGACGAAGCUUGCGGUGAAAAGAGGUAGAACUCCUCCCACUGGGCCGGUCAUGUUGAGCACGGGGAACGCCUCCUUCAACACCAGCUGGGAGAUGGCUGCAGGCAAUGGCACCUAUCCAGGUUUCACCGUGGCCGCCCUGGUCAGCUACAAGAGCCUGAACUCCACCCCCGACUCCUCCUUUCAAGACCUGAGGGAGAAGAUGAAGAUGGAGGAGGAGGAGAGGAGGCAGAAGGAGGAGCAGAAGGAGAAGAAGGUGCUCACGGAGCUCCAGGUCGUCUCCAACGUGGUGACGGCCUGCGUCAGCAACCCAGACACACACAAACUGGACCAGAACGUCAGCCUCACCUUUAAACACCCUCAGGAGAGGAAUGAGUCUGAGCGUUUGCGCUACGUGUGUGUGUUCUGGGACAGAGACUCCUGGUCACAGCGCGGGUGUGUGUCGUCCUCCACCAGCACACACACCGUCUGCAGCUGCAACCAUCUCAGCAGCUUUGCCGUCCUCAUGGCUCUCUACGACAUCAAGCACACCUUUGAGCUGCAGCUGAUUACGUGGGUGGGUCUGGCCGUGUCUCUGGCCUGUCUGUUCGUCUGCAUCUUGACCUUUGGCCUCUGUCGCUCCAUCAAGGGCACGCGCACCACCAUCCACCUCCACCUGUCGCUCUGCCUCUUCCUCGCCGACCUCAUCUUCCUCUGCGGCAUCAGCCGGACACAGAAGGCUGGCUGUGGUCUGGUGGCCGGGCUGCUGCACUAUUUCUUCCUGGCUGCGUUCAGCUGGAUGCUGCUGGAGGGGGUGCAGCUGUACAGGAUGGUGGUGAAGGUCUUCCACACCAACCUCCGCCCCGCCUACAUGAUGGCCGCCGGCUACGGAGCCCCACUCGCCAUCGUCAUCAUCUCCGCCAUCGCCUACCCGCAAGGAUACGGCACCGACCAACACUGCUGGUUGUCUCUGGAGCGUGGUUUCAUCUGGGCGUUCUUCGGCCCUGUGUGCAUCAUCAUCUUCAUCAAUGCCUUCUUCUUCAUCAUCACACUCUGGAAGUUGGCCGAGAAGCUCACCAGCCUCAACCCCGACCUCUCCAACCUGCAGAUGAUCAAGGGUUUCACGAUGACUGCGGUGGCUCAGCUGUGUGUUCUGGGGGGCAUGUGGAUGUUUGGCUGCUUCAUGUUCCAGAGUGUGGCCAUGGUCUACCUCUUCACCAUCCUCAACAGCCUGCAGGGGGCGCUCAUCUUUAUCUUGCACUGCCUCAUGUCAAAACCUGUGAGAGAUGAGUAUGCCAAGUUCCUAAGUGGCUUCUGCGCCCCAGAAAAGAUGCGAUAUACAGAGUACACCUCCAACCCGUCCAGCCAGCAGCCUUUGAAGACCAGCCCAAGCACGGGUCAGUCGCAGAUAUGAGACGACUCAUGACCUCUAGAAGACCCUCAUCUUACUUCCUGAGAUGUUCUGAAAGAGAUUUGUCUCACAAAACAACCGUUCUUUCAUUUUAAACCCCAGCAGACGUCAUCAGAAUUUGUUAUAGGCUGUAUAUACUGUGCCAUAUACUGUAUAAAGAGUUUGGUUCCAAUAUGCUAUAUAUUCGUUUUUAAAAACAUUACAAUAAUACGUCAUAUUAUUUAAUUGUGUAUUCCAGGAUUUAUCUGUCAAAUUGCAGUUGUGUUGUUUUGAUUGAGUAAAGAUAAAUCGAAUAACAAUAACAAUAUCCAAAAACAUUUCUACUUACAUUUAUUUAAACGGUGGAUAUAUGUUGCAUUUUGGAACCAAACUCUUGUCAUGUAUGAUUUAUGAUGUAUUAUUGUUAUCAUUAUUCUUUAUUAUUUGUAUUUGUUAGGGACCAUGUGCACUUUUUAACAUAAAUGUUGCCAUUUGAAGCAUUGUACCACAGUUAACCUUAGUCUAAUUUGUAUUUACUUUUAUGUUGCUCAACUGAGUUGUGUUUCCGACCUCCGAGUUAAAGAACCCUGAAAGUCUAUUCAAAACUCAGGAAAAGGUUUUGUUUUGACCCGGUGUACAUAUACUUAUUUUCUACAUGUGAGUGGAAGAAUUUUAGAUUAGUUAAUAUAUAUUUGUAUGUUCAAUUAAUCUAUUUACACUUUUAUAUUUUAUGUCGAGACUAUUUGAUGUACCUAUUCUUUAUUUCCUUAAGAGUAUGCAUUGGUGAUAACAACAUAAAGUUUAGAUAGCCUACACAGUAUGUACAGUAUGUAGGAUUCGAGUUGUUUGGAGUGGUUUUAAAUGUGCCAUUAAUGCACCAUUAAUUUAUUUAAUAACAAUAUUACCAAUGUAAUUUAUAGUAUCUGCAAAUGCUGAAAAUCACAUGGGGGUCAGAUUAUGUGGAAUUUGUUUUAUGUCAAAUUAAUAUUUUGUCACAAUUUAUUGCUAUUCUCAUGACAUUUAUGAAUGUUGUAAAGUAAACAUCCCGCAGAUUGCACCUUUAGACUAGGUGUUCAGGGGGGAUUUGGUACAAAGUUGAAUUAAAUCAAAAGCUUAGAGUUC